UUGGAAAUGGCUGCAGUAUUGUUUAACAUCAUAUCUUUGAUUAGGAAAAUAUACAUCCACAUCAAGCCAUACCCUGUCAAAACAAAAUAUGGCCUGACGCCCCCAUCAAAGUGCCAUAUUGUCAUUACUGAUGAAGACAUUGGAGACCGACCCAUUUUAAUUAUAGGAGAUGUUCAUGGGUGCUUUGAUGAGCUUCAGGAUCUCAUCACUCAAGCAAUGAACAGAAUCAACACCACAGACCUGUUUAUUAUCUUUGUUGGGGAUAUGCUCAACAAAGGUCCCAAAAACCAGGAGGUUGUAACGUACAUUCGUCAGCUGGUGGCUAAAGGCAAGGCCGUGGCUGUGAAAGGUAACCAUGAAGAGUCUCUGCUUAGAGAGUAUCGUAACAUGCAACAGAUAGACAACUAUGUGCUCCCAGCUAAGUAUACGUACCUGAGUACUUUAACCCUGGAAGAUUUCUCGUACCUGCAGAGCUUGCCCUACUCCCUGACCAUUCCGAAAAUAAAUUCCAUCAUUGUCCAUGCUGGGAUGGUACCUGGGAUCCCAUUGAAGCAGCAGUGUUUGAUUGAUCUAUGCCACAUGAGGAACCUGGUAUCAAAGUACACGUUGUGGGGGCCGGUUCACGUGGCCAAAAGUAAACCAGAUGUUGGUGUUCAGUGGGGCACGCUGUGGGUGGGCCCGGAACAUGUGUACUACGGUCACGAUGCUAGGCGCGGCCUGCAGGAGCUGCCCUUUGCCACAGGUCUUGAUACGGGCUGUGUGUACGGGAAAAACUUGACUGGGAUGAUUAUAAACAAUGAUGGGGAUAAGAUAUUGGUAACAGUGCGAGCUCAACGGUCAUAUUACACGAAUAAUGAUUCUUAGCUGAUGCUCGUUUUUUAAUGCUGCUCAACAUUCCAUUUGUUUUUUUUUAUCUAAUUUAACAAAACCAUUGUUGAAUCUCAGUCCUUGCUUUUCUCCUGUUCCAACAUUUCAAUGUAAGUUGGUGUACACACCAUGGUUUCAGAUCAAUAUUAUUCAGUAUUAUUGUUAUUUAUAUUUCAAGUUAAUUCACUUGGUUGCAUGUUCAGAAGAUGAAAUUUAAAGUUAAAAGCCACAGGAAUUAACACCAGUUUCUUCCCAAAUGUUUAUAAUUCUAAGUAUUUUUAUACAUAUCCAAACUGCUCACCUUGUUUUGGGAAAUGUUUGUAUGGAUAUUCGGGUCCCUGGAUAUCAGAAGGUCUACAGUAUAAGAUAAGGUUGUUAUCUCAGUACCAAUGUGUUACUGAUGUAGGUUGUUAUGUAUGGGCUGAAUAUAAGCUCUAAAGAUGAUUGCUAAAGUACACUGAAAAUAACAAGUUAACAAAAUUUAAAAGACUCCAACUUGUGAGUUGGUGUCCUGCUAAACAUUAACAUUUGCUGUGUUGUUUUAUUGAGUAUUUAUUGCAAUACAAUUUUGUUUUGAAAAUCAAUAUUGGGCCUGUAUGUUAUGAAAUGUAAUUUGAAUCUUUAAAAGAUUAUUGGGAGAGGCCAUUGCCAUACACCUUUGUUGAAGAUUUUCUUAACUAUUCAUUUUUGUCCAAUUGCUCUUAUGUCUAAUUAUCAUAUAAUUUACUAUUUUUUAACGACCAAAGUACUAUUUUUAUUGUUUUGAUUAAUAUGCUUGGUUAGCUUCAUUUAAUAAACUGACACUAAGCUUUACAACAUAAUUACUUGUCCCCUAAUGUUUUAUAUACACCAAGCACAUUUUACAAGAUUAAAAUUUUAAUGGCUCAAGUAUAUCACUUUUCAUGUUUUAACCUUGAAAUCAUAAAAAUAGCACACAUAAUCAAAUAAGCCCUCAAUCACAAAAGUAUGACAUUCAGUUGGGCAAGGUUCUUUGAAUCUGACUAAUGUUCUUAAAAUCCUAGGCCCAUUAAAAUGUCUCUCAAGAAAGCAAUAAUUCUUAGAUCUUGUAUGGUUCUUCCAUCCAUCCACACAACGGAAGGCCUAGUCUAGAUCUCUAGUUUGGAUCAGGGUUCAAGUCAGUAGAACAUCCCAGAAUCCACCCAGUUCUGAUGAGUACCUAACUUAUGUUAGGGAAAGUAAAGGUGGCUUGGCAUAGUGCAGACCACACUAUUCCUUCAUAUAAUGAGGUCACAGAAACAGGUGAACUCUACUUCGCUUGCCCCAUGGACGAUCAGGUUCAAAAAGGGAACAUUACUUUACUUUUUACUAGUACAUUGUUAGACAUUAAGUAUACCUCAAGAAAGCUAAUAUUCUUUGAAAAUUUUACAGCAAUAAUAAAUUUUUUCAUGUAUCCUGAUGUGGACCAAGAAAUAAUGUCAAUCAACUAAUGUCUGGUUGUGUCUGAUUGGUCAGGGGGACUGACGCUUUAAAUAUAAUUGUUUUUAAGCGUUAUUUAAAAAUAACAUGUUUUUCUAAUAAACUGUAGUUCAUGUUGUAAUACUUACAAAAAUAUUUUAUGGUCACAUAUUCUAUUAGCCUUUAUGUUUUAUUUCCAAAGAAAAGAUUCACCUAACAAAGAUGAAUUAUAAUAAUUAUUAUGUAUAAAGUAUAUCUUGUGACAAUGUGUUACAAACCCACUGUGUAUGAUGUUUGUUUUUUUAUAAAAAUAAAUUCAUACAAAAAAAAUACAUAUAAAAAUAAAUUCAUACCAAAUGUUGAUUAAAAUCAAAUUUUACAGUAACAUUAAUUGUGCUGUUAAUUAAAAGGUCGUGAUGUAUCUAGCUGGCUUUGAUAAAUAAAAAUAACAAUACCACCCUACCAUCAAACUGCCUCUCUCUUAGAAAUAUCUAUGUGAUCCAAUCAGUGAAUAAAUUAUUUGCCAGCCAUGAAUAUUUUUUUUUCUUUGUGUGAUUGCAGUUUAAUAUUUCUGGUUUUUUUUUAUGGUUGUUCAAAGUUAUAAUGUUUAGGUCAAAUUAAAAAAAAAUGUUUUAUGUAUUUUAUUUUGUCAAGCUUUAAAAAAAUGUGUUUUAUGUAUUUUGUUAAGCUUUAAAAAAAGUGUGUUUUAUGUAUUUUGUUAAGCUUUAAAAAAAUGUGUUUUAUGUAUUUUGUCAAGCUUUAAAAAAUGUGUUUUAUGUAUUUUGUUAAGCUUUAAAAAAGGGUUUUAUGUAUUUUGUUAAGCUUUAAAAAAGUGUGUUUUAUGUAUUUUGUCAGAAAAUCAUUCCUGUGUGUGCUGCCCUUGGUUUUAUAGGGCUGUCAACACUGUGAUGUCAACUAAACAUUAAGUUUUGUUGUGGAAGAUUCAUCCUAGUUUGUUCAUCCAAUAGCCACUAUUAAAAUCAUCAGGAAGUGUGAAAUAUCAAAUGUACCCCCAUACAUGAUUCUGUUGAAGGACAUUAUUAUAAUGGCUAGGACAUGUCCUUUGUGGGACAAUAUUGGAAUGUCUUAAGCAUAGGACAUUAGUUUAAAGGCUAUGUCAUGUCCUUAUCACAUGACAAUAUUGUAAUGGCCAGGACACAUGAGCAGUAGUCUAACAAAUAAAGUCCAUAUGUUUUUUUUUUAAAAGGAUGGGAAGAAAUAUGUAGAGCAACAAAGUGGUGUCAACAUUUGUUGUAUUAGUGGUUAAAAAGUAGAUAGAACAGAGGUGGACAUGAUGGUACUUCAUUCAUGUUUGUUUUACUUGUGUGCUGGUUAGUGUGUAAAUGUGUUUUUUUAGUGUAUUACAUAGUGCAAGAAUUAAUUUUUUUUAAAUACAGAAUAUUGUUUCAGGCAACAGAAAAAUUGUUAAUGCACUUGUGAUAUGUACCAUUUUAACAAAAAUUGUAUAUCACCUUGAUUAGGGGCCACAAUUUCACUGGUAUUUGAUUAUAGAGUUAUUCCCCUUAUCUAAACUGCUUAAGUUUACUCAGCA